ACAAUAUUUUUUUAAAUUCCGGUUUAUUGAAGAAAAAGCAAGAAAAAUAUAGGUAAUUCAAUUAUAUUCAAGCUGUGGGGAACAGAAAUGGCGUUCAGUGAAAUUUGUAGAAUUUGUUUAAGCGUUAAUGUACGCAUGUUUGUUCUAAAGAAGACUGGCCUCCAAAAUUUAUAUAAUACAUUGAUGAACAGAUUUGUAAGUUUCUGAGUCAACCGUAAUACUAUUGUUGUUGUCGCUGGAGAAAUAUAUUAUAACUCGCCUGAUAUAAAAUGCGAUCGAUCGGGGCUAGGGUAAGGUAUAGUGUUAAAUAUAGUGACUGAGAGAGAAAUACAAGCAGAACCUGAAAAACAACAAUUAGCCCGGUAUCCUGGGUCGCACUAAAAUCAGUAUUAUCGUUCAAGUAAUAUUAUGUACUACGCACUAGAAGAGUCGCCGAAUCUUUAUUUGCAACAAGUGUUAGAGCCCGCGAGCUCAGUUGCUUCCAGACACAGAAAUUCCCUCACUCUCAUAUUCCUAUCAGACAGAAAUCAAAGGAGGGAAUUGUGUGCAUUUGUGCUUGCUUACAUACAAAUGCAAUAAUUGCACAUUUUGACAGGAUUAAAUUAUUUUAUCCUGUCCUGUGCUAUUUUUUUGUCAAAAAUUCUUACUACCACAAGCAUUUUAAGUUAACUUAGAGCAAAUAAGAGAAGUAUUUGUAAUAAUGUUAAUAGUGUUACUAGUAGUUUGAUGUUAAAAUUUUAAAGUAGGCUUGGAAGGAUUGAAUUUGGAAAUCCCAAACUUGAUAAUACCUCUGUUAGGAUCUCACGAGUCUGAAGCUACUGCUUUUAAAAUUAUAUCUGUUAAGGUCACAGAGACUACUACGUACUUGACACUCACAAGAUUCAAAUUAAGAGAAUUUUGUCCUUAUAGCUUGCACAACUAUUAACAGAUAGGGAAACAAUUCUCGAGUGGUAGCCUCAUACUGGUAAGUAAAUAGAGUGCUCGCCCCCCCCCCCCCCACUAGAUUGUGGCAAUAUGGUAAGACAGGAAGUCGAUGGAUGUAGGUGGCUUAGGACUGUGUUGUUGCAGUGAUGAUGAUCCACUAGGUGGUGGGACUUUUUUCUGUCUGGAAGUAUCUGGUAGAUAUCAUCCUCUUACCUAUUUCUGGCACGCAGCAGCAGUAUGUGGCCCAGUCUGAAGGACAUCCUGAGAGCCAGUAUAAAAACAGGUUGUGAAGCAUUACGUCUUAGCCCUCACAGGUAACAUUGCAUCUGUAGCCUUUUCUUGAAGUAUGUUGCAGGUGCCUAUGGGCUGCAGUGACCACUUACAAUCAGGUGGAUUGUAAAUAUAUUUGUCACCCAAUGUUAUAAAAAAACGAUGUUGAUGAAUUGAACAAGUUUAUAUAUAUUUAAGUAGUUGUUCAUUUUUAUGACAAACUUAUAUUUUCAGAUGGAUGAGAAUGAGGGGCCCAUAAUUGUCUGUUUCACCUGUCAUGCAAGACUCAUUCGUUGCAGAAGAUUACAACAACAGGCUAUUGAGUCAAAUGCAGUUCUGGAGCAGUUGCUUGCAGGAGGGUCCAUGGUAUUAUCCAUUCCAUCCAUUAAAACCUAUAAAAGUCCACUUUCUGAAUGCAGGCCUCCCUCAUAGAUUGCUUCAUAGGAGGGAUUCUGCCAAAUUUGCCACAUUUGGCAGGUUGGCAACUGCAGUUUAUAUUAGCCUGAGUUAUUAUCAGGAAUAUGCUGCUGUCCAACUCUUGUGUCUGUUUCCCCUUGUUAUGAUACAAUGGGUGUUGGAAUGAAGUAUUUGCCUUAAUCAUCACUUGGCAUGCAUCUUGAUGAUCACUACCUGUCUCACGCCUUCUAUGUUGCUUCCCAUUGCCAUAUGGAAGAAUGUUGUUUCUACUGCAAAGUUAAGUUUAUCCUUCAAUCAAACUUACUUUUUUGUUAGAGCAAUGUUUAUUUAGUAUUUUACGAAUUAUGGUAAGUAAGGCACUUAUUUUAACAAACAAUUAUCUAACUUAACUUGUACUGUUAAAUACAUAUUACUCUAUUGUAUAUAAACAAAAUAUCUAUAUGUAAUAUUACUUAGUAAACAAAGAUAAAUCUUUGUCUAUUUACAGAAUUUGUGAAUCUCAUUUGAAAAGUUGUUGAGACUCGAUUUUCAGGGUGGAUGUGUUCAUCUAUAUUUUUAUAUAAUUUUAUUCGACACCCUCACUUUUGUCCGGUUUUUAUUAUUAUUUGGAGUUGUUGUCAGGAAGAUGCUGCUACCUCCAGUUUCAAUUUCUUUCUGUCCCUUUUUACGACAUCUGCAGGAUGGUAUGGUGCAGUAUGGAUUGUCCUACAUCACCACUACUCUAGCUUUUUUCUCUUAUUCAAAAAAAUAAUUUGGUUUCAGUUAAUACCAAAAUCGCAUGAAGCAAGAGAUGAGAUUGAAUUCACACCAAUUUGUCAUAUUGAUAUCUGGCCAGUAGAGUGUGAUAUAGAAAAUGAUGAUAAGGACGAAAUUUUUAGCCUUGAUUCCGUUAAAGUUGAGGAAGAGAAUUUCGAAAAUGAGAAUUUCAAAUUUGAAGAAAAUGGGGAUCAUGAAACAGGCAGUCGGCGGAUCUUCACUUCUUUGUUGUCGACAUUCUACGCAUUAGAACCAAAUGAUUUGCUUCGACUGCUGCAAUGCGUACAGCAAAGGAGAGGAAUAAUUUGCUGGCGUCUAUCUUUCCGUCCCAAUACAAACUGGGCGUCUUUAAGAACCGUCUGAGAAGAUUAAAUCAAAUUCUACUGAUAGUAACAUAAACGUAGUACGUAAAGAAAACCUCUAUUAUGAAGGCCCUACUAUUAAAUCAAACUCUAAAAUCAAAAGAGAUAACCAACCAAUUAAUAAAAAAGAAAAGCAUUCUGGAAAGAUUAUAGAAAAUAAAUUUUUGAAACAAAAAUGUGUAAAUAUACUUACGAAAAAAAUAUCUGGGGCAUCAAGAAAUUCCAUUUUUGAAUGUGAUUACUGUAGCAAAAAGUUUUCAACAAAAGAUGUUCUCGCCGACCACAUAUCACAUAGUCAUAGGACGCAAAAGAACUCGGAUGCAGUUCGGACACAAGUUGAACAAAGUCCAGUACCACAAGUAACGGAUAUAUUUAGCUGUGAUAUUUGCGAAUUUAAAACAUCUCAAGAACGUUACAUUUUGGCACAUCGUAAAGCGCAUGUCGCUAAACAAGUAUACUGUUGUAAUAGUUGUGAUUAUAAAUGUACAGAUAAAGGAAACUUCCAAAGGCAUAUGAAAAAACACACUGGAGAAAAACCUUUUUCGUGUAAUAAUUGUGAUUAUAAAAGUAUUACAAAAUAUGAAUUGCAAAAGCAUAUGAAAACACACACCGGAGAAAAACCUUUUUCGUGUAAUAUCUGUGAAUAUAGAUGUAUAAAAAAAAGUAAUUUGAAAUAUCAUAUAAAAAUACACACCGGAGAAAAACCUUUUUCGUGUAAUAAUUGUGAUUAUAAAUGUACAGUUAAAGGAAACUUCCAAAGGCAUAUGAAAAAACACACUGGAGAAAAGCCUUUUUCGUGUAAUAAUUGUGAUUUUAAAAGUAUUACAAAAUAUGAAUUGCAAAAGCAUAUGAAUACACACACCGGAGAAAAACCUUUUUCGUGUAAUAUCUGUGAAUAUCAAUGUGUUCAAAAAAAUAAUUUGCAAACACAUAUGAAAAUACAUACUGGAGAAAAACCUUUUUCGUGUAAUAUCUGCGAAUAUAAAUGUAUACAAAAAAGUCGUUUGCAAAUACAUAUGAAAAGACACACCGGAGAAAAACCUUAUUCGUGUCAUAUCUGUGAAUAUAGAUGUAUCUUAAAAUGUAAUUUGCAAAAGCAUAUAAAAAUACACACCAGAGAAAAACCUUUUGUGUGUAAUAUCUGUGAAUUUAGAUGUAUAAGAAAAAAUCAAUUGUAAAAUCAUUUAAAAAUACACACUGGAGUAAAACCUUAAUCAUAGUUUAUUUGCAGAAAACAUUGUACAUUACAGGUUUGUAAAUUAUUUAAGUCCAGCAUGCUUUGUCAUAAUCAUGACAUACAAAUAUUUAUCUAAUAUAUAAAUUACAUUUUUUCUAAUUCAUCAUAAUCAUUUUAUUACAUGUAAUAUAAUUAAAAUAAUAUAAUUGUGGUUAGUUCAUUUAGAUUUCGAUGCCUAAUUCUAAUCAUAAAAGGAGAAGGAGACGUCUCGAUACAUUCUUGGACCCAAGUGUUAACAAGAUGAAAGUAGGACAAUUUGAAAGCGUAUAUAUAAACAAUUCACAAUUAACAUGCACGUAAAAAUUACCACUAAGGCUCUUGUGUGUCAAAUACUAUACGGUCGUUUUUUGUAUGUAACUUUUGCAUUAACAAGUUGUCAUUUUACGUUGAUGCGGCACUUGUCAAAUUGUUUAUAUUCAUUAGCGCCUGUUUACGAAAACAUACUGAGUUAUGUUUAGGAUUUCUUUGCGUAGUGAUUAUUGUGAAUUUACUUUCUUCCUUUUCAUCAUAAAGUUUAGAGUUAUGAUACUUUACGAGUAAAUUCUGUGUACAUAGACAUUGCUGUUUUGUGUAAAUGGACAUUUUUGUAAAUAAUGAAUUGACAUAGUGACAUUUUUGUUAAAGUAUGAAGGAGAAUCGAUUUUAUAUACAAUCUUAUUACGGUACACAAUAAAUAAUCUAAGCACUUAUAUUAUUCAGUAUUGUUGCCACGUAACAUUUCACGAAUCAGUCAGUAAUAAACGCCCGCGACGCAACUUAAUGUAUUCGGAACAUUCUUUCUUUUAUAUCUUUUGAGUAGAUGAUACAAAUGAGCCAAAUGGAACAUAUCAGUGUUUCGGAACAUUUCAGUGAUCAAGAUGCAAAUGUUCCAAUCCCAAAAAUGAUACACUUUGCCCACCUCCACUCUGUACAGUAUCUCUUAACUUUGUGAAUAAAAGUAUAUUAUUUUUAAUAAAACAUACCAAAGAAGGUUGGUCAAAUCGCACCAGACGACGAAACGAUGGCGUCACUAUAUGCCAUAUUUAUGAAAAGUACCCUUAUUUUUUAAGAUCACAAUAAAUACCUCUCUAAGUAGCCACAAAAAAAGUUAUCCAUUAAUUUUUGUUUUUGUAACUGUUCCGAAAUUAUUUACUAUAAUGGUUUCAGAACGAACUGGAACGCACGUAAUGACGAUUCAUUUUGCGUACGAAAGGACUUUGUAUUCAAACACUAUAAUUAUUUACGUUUUUCUGAAUAGUUAUUAAUUGUAAUUCAAUUCAAUUAGUAUGUAGGCAUCAAAUCAACUACUAUACUGAUUUAUUAUGUACUGGAUUCGUCAUAAAAAUAAUUAGCUAGCUAGUAGCUUCAUAGUAAGCUAAGCGUUUUGUUCAAUUACGAACAACGGAACGUCAUUUGUCAUUGACAAGUUACAUAAUCUGUGGUCAUCGGUCCACGCUAUUGGUUGUCACCCGGCAAUAAUUCGCAUCAUCUUAUAUGCUUCACUCGUUGUUGUGGAUUGUGAUACUGAUGAUAAUGAUCUGAAAGAAAUCGAAAUAAAUAGAAACUAGAUUGCUAAUUACCCUCCUCGAUUAUCGCUUACUACACUUUUAGGCUACGUAGCAGUCCGGAUAAAAGGUAGUUGUUUAUUCUAACCCCAAAAGUAUUGUUGACAUUAUUAUUGUUACGCGCCACUAUUAAUGUCUUGUACAUGGCAACACUAGUUACACUAGCGCCCUCUAGUGUCGAGUAGCAGAACUAGGAGAGUCGAGAUCCUUCCAGAAAUUUCGGGACCUAUAUGUACUCGAACAUUCUAGAUGUCGCUACAGUGGAAGGUUCUGGAAACUGUCCGAGGCCCUAUAUAAGGCCGGUAUGGACCACGACCAAGGCAGUAUUGAAUUGGCGAUACAAGAGAAUACUUCGAAGCGAAAUAACGGCGAACUGUGUUUUAUUAUUAGUGUGAUUUUAAGUUAUAAUUAGUGUUGUGUAAUUAAAUAGUCAAUUUUGGU